UCCUCUUUUAACAUAAACAUUUCUGCAACUGCAUCACCCAACAAGUUCAGAUUUCCUUAUCUGGUAAACCUGUUUCCCAAACAAUGAAUCGGAUCCAUAAUAUCCGUCUCGGCCUGUUUCGGACUCUGUCAAAGCGCAUCCAUCACCCCCUCCUCCACGUCCGCCUCCUCUUCUUGUUUGUCCCUACCUGAACAAGAAAAAAAAAAAAGACAAAAAACAACCUUUGUAUUUGAGAAUUAGAAAAAAAAAAAAAGAAAACGAAAAAUGAAGCACCGAAUGUCGUCUGAAUCUAUACUCUCGGUCUUAACGGAGGAUUUACUCGUUCGGGUCAAUGACAAACUCAGUGACGAGUCAGAUCGCAAAAGGUGGCGACUCGUUUGCAAAGAAUUUCUCCGAGUCGAUAUCCUAACUCGUAAAACUCUCCGUGUCCUCCGCGUCGAGUUCCUAGCGGCUCUUCUUCGCAAGCACAGUAACAUUGAUACCCUGGACCUCUCCGUGUGUUCAAGUAUUGACGACGGGAUGAUUUCUCUUCUGCUGAGUUGUGAGCCUGAGGCAUGGUCUCGGAAGCUGAAAUCUUUGAACUUGAGUAGGGCCACCGGACUGAAAUUCUCGGGGCUGGAGAUGCUGGUUCGGGCGUGCCCGUUUCUGGAGCGGGUCGACGUGUCGUAUUGUUGCAGUUUCGGAGACAGGGAGGCGGCGGCCAUAUCGUGUGCUGGAGGGUUGAGGGAGCUGACGAUGGACAAGUGCUUGGGAGUGAGUGAUGUUGGGUUAGCGAAGAUUGCUGUGGGUUGUGGGAAAUUGAAGAGGCUAAGCUUGAAGUGGUGCAUGGAAAUAUCUGAUCUGGGUGUUGGUCUUUUGUGCAAGAAGUGCCUCGACUUGAAGUAUCUUGAUGUGUCUUAUCUAAAGGUGACAAGUGAAUCGCUCCGUUCUAUUGCCUCUUUGCCAAAGCUGGAGGUUUUGGCUAUGGUGGCCUGCCCCUUGGUGGAUGAUGUGGCAUUACAAUUUCUUGAAAAUGCUUGUCCUUCACUACAGGCAAUUGAUGUGUCAAGGUGUAAUUGUUUGAGUUCGUCCAGCUUCAUUUCCAUAAUUAGAGUACAUAGUGGACUUAGGCAGAUAAACGCUGCUUACUGCUUUUCAGAACUUUCCCCAGCCCUUCUCCACUGCAUGAAGGACUUGAAGAAUCUGAGCACGAUUAUAAUUAAUGGUGCUCUUGUUUCAGACACUAAUUUCACGACCAUGAGUAGCUAUUUUAGGUCUUUGGCUGAAAUUGGAUUGACCAAAUGCAUGGGGGUGACCAAUAUGGGCAUUAUUCAGCUUGUCUCGGGCUGUGUCAAUUUAAAGAGUCUCAAUUUAGCAUGUUGUCAUUCUAUAACUGAUGCUGCAAUUUCUGCUAUAGCAGACUCUUGUAGGAACCUUGUGUGCCUGAAGUUAGAGUCUUGCAAUAUGAUCACUGAGGAGGGUGUUGAACAGCUUGGAUCACAUUGCUUACUGCUUGAGGAGCUUGAUCUUACUGAUUGUGGUGGCAUAAAUGACAAAGGGCUUGAAUACCUCUCUAGAUGUUCAAGACUUCUAUGCUUGAAAUUAGGAGUUUGUGCAAACAUAUCAGACAAAGGACUAUUCUAUAUUGCUUCUAAUUGUUCAAAGCUUCAUGAACUGGAUCUAUACCGCUGUAUCGGUAUAGGAGAUGAUGGUUUAGCUGCUUUAUCAAGUGGUUGCAAGAAGUUGAAAAAGCUUAACUUGUCAUACUGCAGUAAUAUUACUGAUAGAGGGAUGAAAUUACUAGGGUAUCUGGAGGAGCUCUCUGAUCUGGAAUUGAGAGGACUUGGCAAAAUCACAAGUGUAGGUUUGACGGCAUUUGCAGCCAAGUGUAGGACAAUAGCAGAUUUGGACUUGAAACAUUGUUGGAAUAUUGAUGAUAUGGGAUUCUCAGCACUUGCCUAUUACUCACUGAACCUGCGUCAGAUAAAUUUGAGCUACUGCAAUAUAUCGGACAUGGCAUUAUGCAUGGUGAUGGGAAAUCUGACGCGCUUGCAAGAUGCAAAACUGGUGCUCCUCAAAAAUGUAACUGUGAUAGGGUUUGAGCUUGCGCUUAGGGCUUGCUGUGUCCGGAUCAAAAAGGUUAAGUUGAAUACUGCUCUCAGGUUCAUUUUAACGGAGGAAAUACUUGAGAUUCUGCAUGCCAGGGGUUGCACCAUCAGAUGGGAUUAGAACCAUUUGUACUGAUAAACACCCACAUCCUUGGACUUAUUUUAAAAUCCAAUAAAGUGUUCAUCGAGUUCUUCUCUUCUACUCCCUUCAUCCAUCCCUUCUGACAACUGCUAGCAGAAUUGUAUGCCUGAUGAACUAUUUGUUUGUAUUUUAAUUAAGUAUAAUAUAUCCUUAAGUUUGGUUAA